GGAGGCGUUGAAAGCUCCGCUGCAAACACUGCAAACUGGCGGGAGAUGUUGGGGAAGCUCAGGAACGCGCGAGGAUCUCUCGUUCAGACGACCAUCUGAUGUUUGAUCAUGGCGAAAUAUGUCCCGCCUGGAAAGGCCGCUGCCAGCCGGUUAAAGCCGGUCUCUGUUGAUCCUCUGGAGAGCGUGGGCUUUGUCUCCAAGGGUGACAAGCAGCUCCUUGACCAUCAGGCGCAGGUAGAGUACUUCCAGAAGAUCGUGGACAGGUAUAUGGAAUUCUGCGAUCGUCAUAACAAGGACUUGGAUGCCGCGUUCGAUUCGCUUCCUACCAGUGCCUCCGACGAUGCCACCAAGAAUCCCCCCGCAUCCCUUCCACCCGCACGCUCGGGAGCUCCCAUGAAAGGAAGCGCAGCAAGGUCGAGUCCUCCGCCUGCGAUCGAGCUCUCCAGGAUCCUCCUCUCCUUGCGUAAGCUCCGGGAGGCUAUUCUCGCGACAGCGUCUACAAUCCCAGUUCCCUUCUCCCAGCGAGUUCAUGUCUUCUCCAUCCGGCUCUCGAUCAUGGCCCAGCAUCCUCCGUCAUACUUCCCGUCGCUCCGCUAUCUCCUUGACAAGCUCCAUACACCAACCCAUCCUCUUGAGCCGUCGGAACUGUCCGAGUUCACCUCCUAUCUCGCUCUCGAUUAUGCUUGUCGACAGGCGGACAUGGGGGCCGCAUAUGAGCUUCGCUCCCGGGCCAGGGCGCGCUACGGCUUCCGAUCGGACUUGGUCGACCGCGUAUUGUCCGCAUUGAUGCAUGACGACUGGGUGGCGUUCUGGAGAGCAAGGAAGGGCCUUGAUGGGUACAUGCGCAGAGUGACCAACUGGGCAGUCGAUAGAGUCCGAAGGCAUGCGCUGAAGGCUGUCGGGAGUGCGUAUAUGAAUGUCGACCUCAAUUGGAUCGUAGUGGGAUGCACUGGUGACGGAGAGGGCUGGACGUGGGAGAAACUAGUGGAAAAGGAAAAGCUAGGCUGGGAGAAGGAGGGGAAUAAAAUCAUCAUAAAGCGGCCCAAGUCGAGGAGGCUGGAGCCGAUCAAAGAAGUUUGAGGCGUUCGUUUUUGGGAAGCAAGGCGUUAGGCGGCAUGCAAGCAUCCGAAAGGCGUACAGGAGGCCUACCGUCAACAUACUAGAUGGUACACGGGAAAACGGUGCUAUGAGCACAUGGCUGUAUUUGGAUUCAAACUUGAGGGCUAGCGCCUGGAGUUUCUGCGGAUCGUUAAUCGUACAUCAUUAUGCUUUCAUC